GACAGAAGACACUCAGACAGUCGUUGUCACUGAGCGAGAGGUGAAAUGGAGCAGAAAGGAGUUCAGCUGGACCAGGAAACCUUCUCUUGUUCCAUCUGUCUGGAUCUACUGAAGGAUCCGGUGACUACUCCCUGUGGACACAGCUACUGCAUGAACUGUAUUAAAAGUUUCUGGGAUGAAGGGGAUGAGAAGGAAACCCACAGCUGUCCUCAGUGCAGACAGAGCUUCACACCGAGGCCUGUCCUGCUGAAAAACACCAUGUUAGCAGUUUUAGUGGAGGAGCUGAAGAAGACUGGACUCCAAGCUGCUCCUGCUGAUCACUGCUAUGCUGGAGCUGAAGAUGUGGCCUGUGAUUUCUGCACCGGGAGAAAACUGAAAGCACACAAGUCCUGUCUCGUCUGUCUGGCUUCUUACUGUGAGAAACAUCUUCAGCCUCAUUAUGAUGUCGCUCCAUUAAAGAAACACAAGCUGGUGGAGCCGUCCAAGAAGCUCCAGGAGAACGUCUGCUCUCGUCAUGAUGAGGUGAUGAAGAUGUUCUGCCGUACUGAUCAGCAGCUUAUCUGUUAUCUCUGCUCUGUGGAGGAACAUAAAGGCCACGACACAGUCUCAGCUGCAGCAGAGAGAGCUGAGAGGCAGAGAGAGCUCGAGGGGAGUCGACAAAACAUCCAGCAGAGAAUCCAGGACAGAGAGAAAGAUGUGAAGCUGCUUCAACAGCAGGCGGAGGCCAUCAAUCUCUCUGCUGAUAAAGCAGUGGAGGACAGCGAGAAGAUCUUCACUGAGCUGAUCCGUCUCCUGGAGAAAAGAAGCUCUGAUGUGGAGCAGCAGGUCAGAUCCAGGCAGAAAAGUGAAGUGAGUCGAGUCAAAGAGCUUCAGGAGGAGCUGGAGCAGGAGAUCACUGAGCUGAAGAGGAAAGACGCUGAGCUGAAGAAGCUCUCACACACAGAGGAUCACAACCAGUUUCUACACAACUACCCCUCACUGUCACCACUCAGCCAAUCUACAUCCAGCAUCCAUAUCUGUCCUCUGAGCUGCUUUGAGGACGUGACAGCCGCCGUGUCAGAAGUCAGAGAUAAACUACAGGACGUCCUGAGAGAGAAGUGGACAAACGUCUCACUGACAGGGACUGAAGUGGACGUUUUACUGCCACAACCAGAACCAGAGCCCAAGACCAGAGCUGGAUUCUUAAAAUAUUCAUGUGAAAUCACACUGGAUCCAAACACAGUAAACACAUGGCUGGUAUUAUCUGAGGGGAACAGGAAAGCAACAUUCACGAGUCAACAGCAGUCUUAUUCUAGUCACCCAGACAGAUUCACUUACUGGCGUCAGGUCCUGAGUAGAGAGAGUCUGACUGGACGUUGUUACUGGGAGGUGGAGAGGAGAGGGAGAGUUGAUGUAGCAGUCUCAUACAAGAAUAUCAGCAGAGCAGGGGGGUCGAUUGAAUGUGUAUUUGGAUACAAUGACAAAUCUUGGGCAUUAGAGUGUAACAACAACAGUUAUACAUUUUGUUACAACAAUGUCCAAACUCCCGUCUCAGGUCCUCAGUCCUCCAGAGUAGGAGUGUACCUGGAUCACAGUGCAGGUAUUCUGUCCUUCUACAGCGUCUCUGAAACCAUGACUCUCCUCCACAGAGUCCAGACCACAUUCACUCAGCCGCUCUAUGCUGGACUCCUGGUUUAUUAUCCUGGAGACUCUGCUGAGUUGUGUAAACUGAAAUAGACAGAAGUCAUUUAGACCAAAAAGCUUGAAAAUGCAGGUGACUCUUAAGAGGUUAAGGGUUAAAUUCUGUGUUUUAACUCUUCGACUUAUUCAGGGUUCAUGUUUGUUGCUGAGAGCUGAUUGUUCUAUUUUUGACGUUUUUGUUGCUUUUAUCAAUGUUUUUGUCAGUUUUUCGACAUUUCAUUUUUUGAGAUGACCAGAGUUUUCUAUCACUUGUUGCUUUUUACAGCCAACAUUUCCUCUCUACACUGAGACAAUAAAUAUUACACUAAAACUAA